ACAAAAGAUCCUUCUUCUGCUUUGCCAGCAGUAGCUACACUCGACCUAUAAAACCCCACUUUCUUUCUCACGUGAUUGCCUGAUCGGUCAUCAUCAGAUGCUGCCUAUACAGUUCCAUGCUGGGUAUCCUGGGAAUUGUAGUCUUAACCUGAUCUGCUGAGAUAUUCUGAGGGAGAGAGAACUACACUUUCCGACAUACUCCGGGGCUUUGCUCUCUAAAUGGCUGGUGAAAUCCUCCAGUCAGAGUGCAGCUCACACAAAGAGUCAUCUGCGGCAGGUAGGAGAAUUCUCAUCAAGGCCCCAUGAUUCUGCUUGGGUGGUAGCCCCAAUGCAGGACGAAUGGGGACCAUAGUCCUUCUCCGAGAGGCCCAGUUUCUGAAGAUUUCUUUUAAAAAUAUCUAUAAAUUGGAAUUUCGAUAAUGCUGACCUUUCUCCAUGGCUCAAGAAAAAGAAUAAACCUCAUGACCUGAAGCUCAUAAAUGUAUUUGAACAACACACAAAGGACACAUCUGGGCCUUUUAAAGAAUCUGACUUCCACAUCCAUCUGCACUAAAGAUAAUGCACUUUCUGUACUGGAACUAGGCGUUGUGUGUUUGCUGAAGUUUACACUGCUCGCCUCAUUCCCCCAUAGUACAGAUUUGAUCACUCACAACUGCAAUCGCCUCUGAGGGUUAUUGAAUGAAUGUAUCUUGCCCUUAUGUGAAAACUGGCAAUUUUUCUGGAUUAUGGAUGAUACCACUUUACACUGUCAUUCAGAUAAAGCCAGUUUGUCGAGAGGAGAUUUUCAGACUUAUGUAAGUACUCCUUGUCCAGUUAAUUCACUGGAUAGACUGAACCAAAAUCAGAUGGAAAAUGGAACUCCCCUGCAAGAAACAGUAGAAAGUUUUGGACCAUCAGUCAAGACUAGUAGCAGUGAUCUAGAAAAUGAUACAUUUCAGAUAAACGACAUACCUUCAAGAUAUAAAUACAGUGAUCCAUUUGGCGGCACUGGUAGGAAAGAGCAGAAGAUUAUGUACAAAGCUUGGGCAGGUCACAGACAGUACGUAUGUAUGGACUGUGGCAAAUGCUUUACUCACAGCUCUACUCUGUCAACCCAUCAACGAACCCACACAGGGGAGAAACCCUAUGGAUGCUCUGACUGUGGAAAGUGUUUCACUCGCAGUUCUACACUCGCUACUCACCAAAGGAUCCACACUGGAGAGAGGCCGUACAUCUGUAUGGAAUGUGGAAAGACUUUUAUUCAGAGCUCACAUCUUGUGUUACAUCAGAGGAUACACACAGGCCAAAAACCAUAUUGCUGUAUGGAUUGUGGCAAACGUUUCAGUGACAGGUCACAUUAUGUCAUACAUCAAAGGACUCACACAGGGGAAAAACCUUAUAUUUGCACUCAGUGUGGAAAAAGCUUUACCAGCAACUCUAAUCUUGUAGCCCACUAUAAGCUCCACACAGAAAACACCAUUUACAUCUGUAAUCAAUGUGGGAAGAGUCUAAGUAACAGGCUAACAUUUGCCAGCCAUCAAAAGACUCACUUAGCAGAAAAGCCUUUUGUAUGUGUGGAGUGUGGCAAAGGCUUUACACGUAAGUUGCAGUUGGUAUUGCACAAGAGAAUCCAUACCGGGGAGAGACCCUUUGCGUGCAAAGACUGUGGAAAAAGGUACACUCGCAAAUCCUAUCUUGUCAUACAUCAGAAGAUCCACUCUGUGGAGAUGCUGUAUGUCUGCAGCGAGUGUGGCGAGAGCUUCAGUGAACACUCUAGUCUCAAAACACACCAGAAAUGCCAUAAGGAUGAGAGGCCCAUGUUUGACACCAAAGCAGAUAAAAGCUUGGUAUCAAGGAAGUGAUUGUGGUUGUUCUAAAAUAAAUGACAUUAGUACCUGGAAAGUCACAUGGGCCACAUCCUACUAGAGCAUGUAUUACUUUGCCAUUGUAUGGUACAAUUUAUUGGGAAUGUUGCACAGUGAAUCAUUGCACAAAGAAUUUAUUCUGUUUGAAUAAGUCUAAGUAACAGGCUAACCUUUGCCAGCCAUCAAAAGACUCACUUAGCAGAAAAGCUUUUUGUAUGUGUGGAGUGUAAAAAAGGCUUUACACAUAAGUUGCAGUCAAACUUAAGUAUUAAGUUCAAAGAAGAUAGCAGGGGUCAUUUAGAAAGACCAUGGCAGAAAAUGCAAGAGCACUAAGGGCUGUGACACACGAGGGAAAUUAGUCGCCCAUGACAAAUCUCCCUUGUUGCGGGCGACUAAUCUCCCCGAUAUGACAUCCCUCCGGCGUGACCAAUUUUCGCAAAUCGCCACGCUGGGUAUGCCAUUCCACCGUUGAUUUACAUUUUCACCGGUGGGAUGUCAUAUCGGGGCGACUAAUCUCCCUCGUGUACCACAGCCCUAAGGGUGAA